AACGGUAGUACUUCUCCUGUGCGGUAGGUGGCAGUCAGAUGUUACCAGCUGCUUUCCAAAUUUGGAGGAGAAAGGCAAACUGUUCAUGCAACGGGGAUAGCUAUCUCUUUCAGAGGUUUGUCUUUGCUGCUGAAUUGCAGAGACAAAAAACAUACAAAAUGACCAAACUGCAGCUGCUGCAUCGCGCGCUGAACGAGCGUCUGAUGGCGGCGGUGGAGCAGAUCAUGGAGAUGGUCGGCGAUACGGUGCUGGAGUAUGAAGAAGAGACGAUCCGGGCACGGAAAGAAAACGAGGUUCUGAGACGGAGGCUACGGUGGAUGGAGGGGGCAAAUCGAGCGGACUGGCCAGGCCCAUCAGAACCUGUUACGCUUUCCACAAUGGACGAGGCCAAUCCAUCCCGGCAAGAUGAGUGUGCUGUCAACUAUGGAUUUGGACAGGAAUUAGAAGCUCUUGAAAUCAAAACAGAGACGACUGAUCUCCCACUGUGCAUUAGACCUGAAAGCAGCGUCACCACAUUACCUCAAAGCAUUGAUCAGGGAUCUGACAAUGCCGGGACAGGUGCUGGUAUUGCCUAUGGCCUGACAGACAGUAUGACCUGGGACUCUGCCCAAAGUUACAUGGCCCCUCUGGACUUCGAUCCAACUUCAGGUCCCACCAGGGUCCGGCGCUGGAGAGGACGGAACAGAAGGCAGAGGAUGUCCUUUGCCUGUCCAGACUGUGGUAAAGUCUUUGGAAGGGAACAGAGGCUGAUCAUUCAUAUGCGGAUUCAUUCCACCGAGAGGCCUUAUGCAUACCGCCGGCGCAAGGCGUGCUUCUAUGGUGAUAAUAAGAAAAAGAGGAAACUGCACAGGCUCUCUCAGCUAUCAAGAGAAAUUGUGGAUGAUCUGUCAGAUGGCUCUGAGCAGACGAACAGGAGUAGUGCAUCAUCUGAACAACUAGAAACUACUGCACCAGGCCAAGAAGAAGAGCCUGAGAGUGACCACACCAGCAGUGAUAAAGAACCAGAAAAGAGAAUUACCACCCCUGUGCGGAAUCGGCGCAACAAAAAAAGAGUUGUAAACCAGAUUGUGACAGAACCAACACCGUGUCAGUGCCCUCAUUGCCCUCAUCGGAUGUUCGCUCGGCCCUGUCAGUUAGCCAUGCACAUGAAGACCCACACGGUCACAGCUCUUACCAACCUACCCACCCAAGCACAGUCAGGAACUCGGGAGAUAGUGGAUGUGAAGAGGAAGUUACCCAAGAGGCAAAGAAAAAAUGAUGUGGAGAAGGAGGCCAAAGUUGCUGACAAACGUGAGCUCCAUUGUCCAGACUGUGACAAAGUCUUCUUUUAUGCAAGUCGGUUGCGUGUCCACAUGAAGUCCCAUAAGUCCAAAAGGGCUUUAUUACGCAAAACUCGGCCAAUCAAGACUGAGCUGACUAAAGAAGAAACAAUGGUGGCAGUGCCUAAAACUACAGAAGUACAGAAUUUGAAGGAGCUAAAGAAAACAUAUGCCUGCCCGCAUUGUGAUAAAGUGUUUACUCGUGAAGGAUGGCUGGGGCCGCACAUUCGCACUCAACACCAGGAAGUAAAGAACACGAGUGAUUACUUUAACGUGUUUGGCAGUGGCCGUACAAGAUCACAACAGCCUUUCACCAAGCGAUUUCGUAAGUGCACAACUAAGACGCGGGAAGUCUCUAAGAAGCCAAGACUGAAGAACCGGAAAACUAAAGAAUUAAGAAAUGUCAAGGCUAAACCUCGUCAAACAAGUGAUGAGUUCAUCCUGGUUGUUGAUGUGCCCACAAUCACAAAUAAUGAGGCUGAACAAAGUGCAGAUCUUCCUAUAAUGAGCACAGAUGAGGCUGAACAAAGUGAAGAUCUUUUGAAAACGGGUACAGAUGAGGGACAACAAAGUGCAGAUUUUCUUAAAAUGGGCACAGACGAGGGACAAAGUGCAGAUCUUCUUAAAAUGGGCACAGACGAGGGACAACAAAGUGCAGAUCUUCUUAAAAUGGGCACAGAUGAGGGACAACAAAGUGCAGAUCUUCUUAAAAUGGGCACAGACGAGGGACAACAAAGUGCAGAUCUUCUUAAAAUGGGCACAGAUGAGGGACAAAGUGCAGAUCUUCCUAAAACGAGCAUAGAUGAGGCACAACAAAGUGCAGAUCUUCUUAAAAUGGGCACAGAUGAGGGACAAAGUGCAGAUCUUCCUAAAACGAGCAUAGAUGAGGCACAACAAAGUGCAGAUCUUCUUAAAAUGGGCACAGAUGAGGGACAAAGUGCAGAUCUUCCUAAAACGAGCAUAGAUGAGGCACAACAAAGUGCAGAUCUUCUUAAAACGAGCAUAGAUGAGGCACAACAAAGUGCAGAUCUUCUUAAAAUGGGCACAGAUGAGGGACAACAAAGUGCAGAUCUUCCUAAAACGAGCACGGACGAGUCAGAGAGCACUUCUGAGCAAUCAAAGGACACCUCAGGCUCUGACCGUGGAACAUCAAGCACUAAAAAUCUGAAGAGGAUGUUUCCAUGCAAAACAUGUGGCAAAGAGUUUGUUCUGGAGAAGAGGCUAAAGAAGCACUCAAGGAAACAUGUCGGACGUAGGUUGCAGGAUGAAAAGAAAAUGAGAAGAGAGCAAGCUCUAAUGGAAACGAAGCUUGAGGAACAAGAAAAAAGGAGAUCGGAGGAAAAAGAGAGGCUUGAUGAUAAGAUGUCAACAAGUAAUCACGACCCAAAUACUGCGGUAUGUGUUCUUUACAAAAACCUAAAGAUUGAUCUGAAUAUACCUUCACAUUUCAUAGUUUUAAAUCACGAAAACAGAUAA